AGCCGUUUUGAAGCGAAACCAGCAUCCUGACGCAAUGGCCAGCAUAUGCGAUGGCGGAGAGCCGCUAAUAACCGGCGGGUCGGAUGGCGUCGUGCUUCCGCUGGUCCACAUCAAGAGCCAGGUUCUCGGAGGAAUCCUGUACUUCAUCGGGCUUAUGUGGUGUUUUCAGGGAGUGGGCACGGUGGUGGAUCCGACGUCUUCAUGGGUGCGAUCGAGAAGAUCACCUCCGCAAAGAAGCAAGUCCCGGUAGCGGACGGCGACCGGCCAUGGGACGGCAAGGGCACGACUCCGAGCCCCGACAGCGACCAAGCUACAAACAGGGGGCCACGCCUGAAAACCGUGAAGGUCUGGAAUGACACGGUUGCAAACCUGACUCUGAUGGCUUUGGGUUCUAGUGCGCCUGAAAUCUUGCUGAGCGUGAUCGAGUUGGCUCCGAACAAGAUGAGGAGCGGUGCUCUCGGUCCCUCUACCAUAGUCGGCAGUGCGGCAUUCAACCUUUUGGUCAUUAUAGCAGUCUGUAUCUCGGCCAUCCCAGAUGGUGAGUCGCGCAGAAUAAAAGACAUGUCGGUCUUCACAGUAACGGCUUCUUUUUCGCUCUUUGCAUACCUGUGGCUCAUUGUAAUCCUGGUCCUCUGGACGCCAGACGUGGUCACGCCGAUCGAGGGCGUUCUCACGAUACUGUUUUUGCCUCUCCUCGUGUGGCUGGCAUACUUGGCAGACAUUGGGGUGUUCCACAGGCUGAUGGGUAUGGUCAAGCCACACAAAAGGUUGGUCUUUUCGAAGGAGACCACCAUGGAAGAGUAUCUCAAGAUGAUGGAGCACUUGAAGGAGAAGUAUCCCAGAAUGCCCGACACCAAAGAGAAGGAAAACCUCCUGCUGCGCUACGAGUUCCCAGAGAUCACUACGCGAGCCGUGCGGCGGACGGAGGCCACCCGCGGCGUCACGGGCCAGCCCAAGCACGUGAAGGACCGGCGCCUGGACAUCCUGGGCGAGAACGUGUCCAAGGGGCUGAAGCCGGGAGGCGGCGGCAAGGCGC